AACACACACACACACACACACACAAUGAUGAGACGGGUGGUGUGCUUGACGCGGCGCGUGCCAAGGUCAUUUACAGAGGCGUUGCAGCACUACGCGAGCAGCAACGCCACGAACGACGAGGAUGCGGCGGAGGCAUUGAGGAUUGAUGUGGACAGGGCAGUGACGGAGCAUGCAGCGUAUGUGGAGCAGCUGCGGCUCAACCCACACGUGGCGCGCGUCGUUGAGCUGGACGCAGACGAGCGGUUUCCAGACUGCAUGUUCAUCGAGGACACGGCCGUGGUCGCCAACGGCACCUGCGUCAUCACCAACCCUGGGGCGGAUUCGAGAAAGGGCGAGGAGGCGGCCACGCUGGCCGCCGUCACCAAACUAUUGGAAGAGACAAAGGCACAACAACAACAGCAGCAGCAACAGCAGCAGCAACAGCAGCAGCAACAGCAACAGCAGCACAGUGAGGUCGCGGAUCUGCAUACGAUUCACGUAAUGCGUGAGCGGUGGCCAGAUGCUACCUGCGACGGCGGGGACGUCCUCACCACGGACAACGCCAUGUACGUCGGCGUGUCCACACGAACCAACGAGCUGGGCCACCGCGCAUUGCAGGCGGCCUUUGAGCGAGAGACUGGCGUGCAUGGUACUGGGAGUUUCCGGGUCGUCCCCAUCCACCUAGGUGCAAACUCGUUGCACCUCAAGUCGGUCGUGACGUGGGCGGGCCCUGAUCUCGGGUUUGUUGCCGCGGACACGGACGACGGGCGCAGUGCGUGGGCAUCCAUCACCGCAUCGCUGGAAGAGCGUGGGCUGGCGGUCCCACCCGUGGUCUUCACGGCUUUGAAUGCCGCGAACAUUCUCCGCAUAGGCGAUUGUUUGUAUCACACACAGCGUGGCGACGAUAGCCUCUCACGGUUGUGCAAAGGCCCGUCGGGGGAAGUGCGGCCCAUCUUUGUUGAGAACUUUGAAGCGCAGAAGGCGGAUGGUGCUCUCACCUGCUGCUCCAUAGUCAUCCCCGUCAGGAGCGCGUGAACGUCACCGAGCAGUGGUGGCGCAACGCUGCGUGUAAGGUGCAUGUCUGUCUGUGUGUGUGUGUGUGUGUGUG